AUGGGCCCGCCAAGAAAGUCCAGAAGUGUGAAUAAGGGGUUUUCUUAUAUUGAUGAGCUUUCUCCUAGUAAAGAUGGUGAGAAUUCUAAGAAAAACGUCCAGCGGAUGACUGUCUUAGGAAUCGAAGUGCAUUAUCAGAGACAGAAGAGGAAGGUGUCUGACAUGUUAGGGGCUCAAUGGAGCAAGACAGAGCUGGAGCGCUUUUAUGAAGCGUAUCGCAAGUAUGGAGUAGAUUGGAAAAAGGUGGCAGCUGCAGUGGGAAACCGAUCUGUGGAAAUGGUGGAGACUCUCUACUCAAUGAAUAUGGCUUACUUGUCACUUCCUGAGGGGACCGCUUCCAUAGCUGGGCUAAUAGCAAUGAUGACUGAUCACUACAGCAAUCUGGCAGGAAGUGAUAGUGAACAAGAAAGCAAUGAUGGAUCUGAUGGGCGUGCCCUUUUGCAUUCCGCGACGGUCACUUCAAGUUAUGGUUGCCUGUCAUUGUUAAAGAAGAGGUCCUCUGGUGGAAGCCGACCUCGUGCUGUUGGAAAAAGGACGCCACGUGUCCCUGUAAAAUACUUUUACAUGGAUGUUGAGGGGGAAAAGUUAUUUUCUGCAACAAGGCAGGCCCAGAAAUUAAAGGUGGAUGCAAAUGAUGAUGAAGAUGUUCAUGCGAUAGCAAUAGCUUUGGUCGAGGCUUCCCAGAGAGGUGGUUCUCCACAGCUUGCUGAAACAGAAAUGACCAGUGCCAAGCUUGUUGGAAGUGACAGGGGUGAAGUUGGCUUGCAAGCAAGCCUGGAAGUUGAUAAGGGAGAAUCUUCUAGGGAUAGGAGUUGUACAAGGGUAAUGGAAAGUGUUGGUACUGUGGAUAAAAAGGGAAGAGGACAUUACGGAAAGAAACUUGAAGUUGAUGACGAUUGCACCAAUCAUUUGGAUGACUUUAAAGAAGCCUGUAGCGGGACAGAAGGACAAAAAUUGGGCAAAGUUAUGGGGAAAUUUGUCAUGGAGGUCACAGAUGCAAAAAUAUCGAGGUUUUCGUCACAGGGUCUGAGAAAGAGGAGCAAAAAGGUUCUUUUCGAGGGAGACGAGGGAUCUACCUUUGAUGCACUGCAGACGUUGGCUGAUUUGUCUCUAAGGAUGCCAUCAACAACAGAAGAAAAUGAGCCAUCAGUGCUGGUCCAAAGAGAAAAUGAUGACCUUGUUGCGGAAUCUAUGCCAGCAAUCCAUCAAAGGGACAAAUGUAAAUCCUCAGGGGUUAAAGUGAAAGGGAUCGAUCAAUAUCCAGAUUUGAAGUUGCUACCUCUCAAAAAUCAAAACCUGGAGAAGUUUCAGCACUCGUUGUUGACUGCUAGAACUGAAGCUCGUAGUGAUACCCGUUUGAGUGGCUCUCAGGAGGCGGAGAUUAGAGAUGCUGGGAAGAAGUCAGUGACUAAGGGUAGACGAUCUCCUUAA